CAGCACGAUUCGAGAUGCAUCGGUGCAACAAAAUUUCAACAAAUCCUAAAAGAAGAAAUGACUAACAAAAAUUGAGGUAAUGACCAAAUUUCACGAGAAUGCGCUACGUUGUGCUCUAUUCUUUGCAGGAGAUCGAGCCUUACGCAAUAACAUUUGGGCCUAAGCCAACAAUGAAUGGGACGCGACAGGUGGCGGAUAUCUUCCUACUACACCAUCAACUAAAGACCUUCGUCCACAAAAUAGCAAAACAAAGCCAAUAAAAAAAAACCGAGUGAAUCCCUUCAAGUUGAAUCGAGUUAUUCAAUGCGAAAGUACAGCCAACAUCGCUCUCUCCCGCAGGGUCUCUGUAUGCGAGUUCUUUUUCUUUCUUUCGCACCUGACUGUCCGUUGCUGCCUUCAACAGCCUUGCUCAAGCCAACCGCCUUCUACCUACCUGCAGUCAGUCAGUCGGUGCCGCUGUAACGCUGCAGUCGCAUUUUUACGUACCACUCUGCGCAGGUGUCUCUCGGAGUGGCCCCCCUCUCUCUUCUAUCUUCGUUGUCAUUGAAACAUCUACUUCUCUUGACUGGAUUCAAGACAACGGAUGACACAACGCAAUAAUUAAGGAUUAUUUUUCGCCGUUUGACACAGGUGGAUCAAGAUGAAGAAGUAACAAAGGAAAAUCAAAACCGGUCUUGUGCGCAGCCAGUUUUGCUGAUAUCGAAAUAAUAGCAAAAAGAAACAGAAAUACGUAGUCUGGCACGAUGCGUCUCCUAAUGACGGCAUGGAGCGUGAUUGCGAUGGUCGCGCUCCACUCUCCGAGUUGGAUCCCCGGUGCUUUGGCCCAGUCCAACUACGCCGAGCGUGGUGUCGACAUUGAGUACCAAGGCAAUGGUAUACCGCUGGAGGCGACGUUGGACGGCGUUGUCACGAAAUUGGAUGACCUCACCAACAUCAUCCGCACCAACAGGUCAUCCGCCAGUUUGAGUUGUGCCUCAAGGGCUAUGGAAGUUGAUCUCGAAUUCCCCGAACCGUUUUACGGAAUCGUCUAUUCCAAUUUCGACCGAAGAAGCGCUUGCUCUUUUGUCGGCAAAGGAGGCACCAAAUAUCAUUAUGAAUUCCCGCUAUCCGGAUGUGGAACCAUUCAGGACCCGACACGCGUUUUCACCAACAACAUUCUCGUCCGUUUCCAUCCGUCAUUGGAAUUGGAGGGUGACGAAGUCAAAACGAUUGUUUGUCGCUAUCCAGAGCCUAUAGUUCCUCCACCACUAGGACCGCCAUUGCCCAUUUCAGUGGCUAAUACUCCGGCUGGAGACCCAGUACCGAACAGGCUGGCCGAGCCGCAAAUCUUGAUGAUCAUUUGCGCGCUGCUCUUCCUGGCCAUGAUGCUGUUCGGUGUCGCCUGCUCGUACUUUUGCUUGAAACAGCGCAAUAUCCGUCUCAUCCGUCGCCGCAGACUCAUCCCAUCGUCCGGACUGGGUUCAGAAAUCACUGGCAUUACGGAUCAGACGAUAUUCCCUCCGUUCGCUGGCCUUAAAAUCCCGCGAGCUCACGCUUCCAGUUCUGGAUCCGAUCAGCAACCGAUCGUCGAAUCCAGCGACACAUUGCCCAGCGACUAUCCGUCAGAAUCGCGCAGCGGCAGCGAGAUGGAAGAAGGCGGAGGCUGCUACCGCCGGGACAGCACAGUCAGUUCCAUUCAGCGUGAGGAAGUGCCUCCGCAUCUCCGACAAUCGCGUGAUCCGGAUCUGUCCAGCGUCUACUCCGACGCGCACAAUCAAUUGGACGUUGAUACGUUCAAUCUGCCCACCACAAUUCCGCGAGUCGAUCCAGCGUUUGACAUUGCUUUCCGCGUUAAGGAACGCCAUCGCAGUCCGGCUCCAUCAUCGGUGACAUCGGAUGACAGCAGAGCGCCCAGUGUGGCCAACAUCCUGACAGCCCAGGAGAGAGCCUUGACCACCAUCCUGGAACGUGAAGAAUGGCGCCAAUCGGAAAUUCAAACCGUUUCGUCGGCUACUUUGAUGGAAUCUCCGCCAUUGAAUGCUCCAGCUGAUGCUUCAGAGGGCCCACCACCUGGCUAUGCUCAUGUCCAGCGCAAACCACGGUCCGUCAGUCCGGCACGAUCGCUGGAAAGCCAACCGCGCUCUGUCGGCGAGAUGGUAUUGAAAUCAAGUCGUCCUUACGUCAGGCCGCAACCGGAUGCCACUUUCCGUGUCACUACGGAAAUUCCCGAACAUCACGAAACGGAACGGACGCUCGUGAUCAACGAAGACAUCCAGCUGCACACGAACACGUUCCGGCAUGUAAAGGAGGAUGAAGAAACGGAAACGAUGAUUGUCCCCACUCCGGAACGUCCGGUUCCGCCGCCCAAGCUCAGCACGCAAGAAGUGGAUGACCUCUACUUGCAGACCAUCACCGAGACUCGAAUCAUCGACGAGGAGGAGCGCAUCCGUCGCCAGAAGACGGAGUAUCUCCAUCGCAAGAAACCGGCGCCUCUUCCACCCAAUUGGGAUGUGGCCAUCCGCACGCAUCCGCCCGCCCAGCCGCCACCGCGCUCGCCUAGCGAUACCACCGUGUCGACCAUGCCGGAUUGGGACAUUAAGAUCCGGCAGUAUCCUCCAAUUUACGAGCCGCGCACUCCUAGCGAGUCGACCAAUUGGGAUGGAAUGAGUCACGUGACGGAGCCACAGCCUCCACCGGAAUUUGACGUCACCAUCCGCCAAUACCCGCCUGUUUACGAACCUCGCACUCCUAGCGAAUCCACCGUCUGGGACGUGAUGAGCCAAGUUGAUCCGCAACCGGCUCCGGAUUUCGACGUCAAGAUCCGUCAGUAUCCUCCGGUUUACGAGCCGCGCACUCCGAGCGAGUCGACCAAUUGGGACGGAAUGAGUCACAUGACUGAACCGCAGCCGCCACCCGAUUUCGAUGUCACCAUCCGCCAAUAUCCGCCCGUUUAUCAGCCCCGUUCUCCCAGCGUCUCCACCGUUUGGGAUGGAAUGAGCCAAGCUGAUCCGCAACCGCCGCCGGAUUGGGAUGUUUCAAUUCGUCAGUAUCCUCCGGUUUACGAACCACGCAGUCCCAGCCAAUCUACCAACUGGGAUGGAAUGAGCCAAGCCGAACCCAAUCCACCAACGGAGCAGCCUCCGGAUUGGGACGUCAAGAUCCGCCAAUAUCCACCCAUCCAUUCUCCUCGCGUACCGAGCGAGAGUACCGACUGGGAUCCAUCGGAGUACGCUCGAUCCAUCAGCGAGCCUCCGCCUCCCAACUGGGACGUUCUGGUCCGCGUCUUGAAUCCACCCCUUCCGGAAUAUAUAACGGAUGACGACGAUGCGACUUCGAUUUUGACUAUCGAAGAUCGUCAGAAAUGGCAGCAAAUCAUCACUACCGAGUCCACUCUACGCACCAUGUUGACGGAAGCUGUCGUUCAUGAAGACUUUGAGCGCAUCCGCCGCGACACUCGCUUCCAGCGUGUAUUUGAACCCAAGAAAUGGGACGUCAUCAUCCGCGUCUUAUCCGCGCCGCCCAAUCCAAACAGAGACGAUUCGAGCGACACUCGUUCCGAGACGACCGUCAACUCGGAGCCCAUCCGGCCUCACCGCCGAGAUCCGCGCAGCAGCCGCAGCAGCUCUUUAGCUCCCGUUCAUGAAGCGGAGUACCACCGGAUGACUGCGUCUCACACAGUAACCAACCACGAAUUCCGGUACCGUCCACGAGGUGAUCCGGAUGUCUGGAGCGAAGCUAGCGCCAACACGCAGCGAUCCAGCGUGUAUCCGCGCAGCACGGCGGAUCGUUCGAUGCACAGCGAAAUGGUGGACCAUCUCGAUCGACGGCCUCCGCACGAAUGGGACGGCUACUCUGAAGACGGAACGAGCCGUCCGUCUUUAGCUCGUAGCACUUCCGAGUUUACGGAGAAUUGGCAACAGCGAUUGCCUUACGAUCGCGUUUCCAACGCAAGCGAGAAUUUUUCCACCGCUUCCUCGUCCCGCCAGAAUAACCGAGCUGGACGGAGGCCAAUGCUGGAACGCUCGUCAACCGAAGUGAUGGAAGAUGUGCCACAACGCGAAGCCGGAAGAGACAGAUCGAGCACAAACAGCAGCGAUUCGUCGCGUGAUUUCGCCCGUCGCGUCCCGUACGAACGAAUUUCUUCCAGCGAAUCGGAAUCCGGUGCCCGCGAAUAGGAAACAGCGGCCAUUUUUUUUUUUUUUUUUAAGUAUAAAACACGAUUCUUCUCUUGUAAGGUUAACUAUAGGCAAGUUGGGCUUUUUUCUUUGAUUUAGUGAACUAAAGCAUUCCGGCCGGAAGUUUGUACAGUUGUCUUUCUGCCCUUUUUUUUUUGAGGCAUGACACAAUCUAAAUGUGCCACAAUAACAACAAAAAGGUCAUGUCGCCAAAAAAAAGGUGGAAGUUGCCGAGUGCGGGAUGCAAUUGAAUUUCUUCCUUCAACCUCUUCUUUGUUCGUUUUUAUUUCUUAUUGGCUUCCCAGUCUUUCCCAGUAGACUACAUCUUUGAGUGAUAACGAAAAAGAAAAUCUAAAAUUAGAGACAAUGGCUUGGCAGUCAGCUUCAUCCUCCGCUAAGAGCGAAGGAAAGAAUAAGAAAAGAUUUAAAAUCACAGACGGGAACUGAGUGACAUAGAAAUUCAUUGUAGCGGAACUGGAGCUACGGGAGUUGUCACGUCAUUUUCGUCUACUAAUAAUCGGCCGUCAUCCUCCUCUUUUUUUUUUUUUUUUGAUAAUUAUUUUGCUACGUUUUUUUAUUAUUAUUAUUCGCUUCGGUAUCCAUGUAACGAGGUGGUUUUUUUUUCUUUUCUAAUUGCUAACUUUUCUAACCGGGAAACGGGAAACAAAUUGAUGCAGUUGCGGGACUUUGGUUGCAAUAUUUUCGGCCACGCAGCAGCGGCGAUGGCUCUGUCGUAUGACGUGUAAUAAAAUAUGUGUCUUGUACUAAUGUUCUCAUUAAGUUUUGUUAUUGCCAAGUAUAAAGAGAGGACCAACUCUCUUUCCCUAUGCUUCGACAUACAUUCCACACACACACACAAAAUUGGCUAUGUUGAUGAUGAUAAUCGUGUUUCUAUAAGAAAAAAAAGGAAAUUUCUCCAUGUAUAACAAAGAACCUAUUCGUUUUAAUUUGAAAUUUAAUUAACACAUUUUUUUGAUUUUUUACGCCACUCACACUGCGUGCUGGAGAUUUCUCUAUAUCUUUUUUAUGCAUCCCUCUUUUAUACAUAUUGGCCGUGAUUGAAUUAUCCUGUUGUAACCCCUCUACUUGAGAAACGAAACAAAAAAAAGAAAUUAUUAAUAAUAAUUCUACGUUUUUAUUUCCACUCGUCAAAAACAUAAAGGGAAAAAUGAGUUUCCUGCUAGUGUUCACGACUGUGUGCCUCCACCUUCUUUUCAACAAUCAGGUUAAGCAAACUGAUGAUUGCGCAGCAUUUUGUUGACGCGAGUACAGACACGCAUUUAAUGCUGUGCGGAGUUUAAAAUACACAUCGCAGGAAAUGCUUUGACCUACA